UAUAUAGCAUGUUUCUUUGUGUAAGAACGAAAUUGUUGCACAACAGAUAAACAUAUCAGAUUUUAUUGACUACAUUAGGAAUGCAAUAGAUCUAGCAGUAAGUCAAAGAAAUUGAGCUUCAUUAAAAUUUCUCACGUUUCUUCAAGACAUAAUCACUUCGAUAUACUAUGUGAGUUAAUGUGAAUAUAUAAAAACGGUACGCAAAGAAAGCAACUUCAUAACGUUUCCGAACAUCACACAGAACACGUCCGUCAUGGAAUCACGUCUUUAAAAUUUUUCAAAUUACUACGUUGUCUUCAUUCACAUUUUAAAUUAAGAUUUUCUAUGGUGGAAUAAUAAAAAAGAAAUUAUUCUAUCAUGUUUGGGUACUCGAUUGAUCUAAAUAAACUUAUUUUAAUAUUGAUAUUAAUAUCAAUUGUGAUAUAUUUCUAUUUAAAAUACAAAUUAUCUUACUGGAGUAGACGAGGAGUGAAAUGUCCUCCAGCACAUUUAAUUUUUGGCAACUUCAAGGACACCAUAACGUUUAAAAAACCACCGGGAGUAGUACUUCAAGAUAUUUACAAUUAUGCCGAUCAAGAUGACAAAUAUAUUGGUUUUUAUAUUUUAUCUAAGCCAGCUUUGAUAUUGAGAGAUAUGAAUUUGAUAAAACAAAUAAUGGUGACGGAUUUUUAUACGUUUCCCGAUCGUAUGUUUGGUGGAAAGUAUGAAAAAGAUACGGUUGGUUUAUGUAAUCUUCUUGGGAUCAAUCAUCCUAGAUGGAAAUAUUUGAGAACUAAAAUGACACCAAGUUUUACGGGAGGAAAGAUAAGAAAUAUGGUACCAUUGAUGUUGGAAUGUUGUAAUUCGAUGUUAAAAUUUAUUGACGAUAAACCAGCCAACGCUGACGGCUGGAAAGAUUUGGAAUUGAAAACCUUGAGCUCAAGAUAUGCCACCGAUGUUAUUUCAUCCGUUGCUUUCGGUAUUAAUACUAAUUCGUUCCACGAAAAUGACGUCGCUUUUUGGGAAGCAGGACAAAAGAUAUUGUCUGGAACAAAACGAGGAAUAAUCGUAUUGAUUUAUUUCCUCUUACCAGAAAUAACUCCUCUUAUCGAACCAUUAGCUAAAAAACCAGCUGAAUUCUUUCGCCAUGUAUUUUGGGAUUCGAUGAACGCCAGAGAAAUAACAGGAAAUAAGAGAGGAGAUUUGAUCGAUUCUUUGUUAACUUUAAAAAACGGAGAACAGAAGCCUGAAUUUAGCUUCGAAGGUGACAAUUUGUUGGCCCAAGCUGUUUCAUUUUUCGUUGCUGGAUUCGAAGCAUCGUCAACAGCUAUUGCUUUUAUAAUUUACGAGUUAGCAUUACAUCCAGAAUACGAGAAACGUUUGUAUGAUGAAAUAAAAGAUAUCGCUGACAAGGGUGAAUUCACGAUGGAUUCCAUCAAUGAAAUGAACUUCUUAGAUGCUAUAUUAGAAGAAAGUUUGAGACUAUAUCCACCUCUGCCAAUUGUUGAUAGAAUUGCCGCGACCGAUUACAAAUUACCUGGGACAGAUUUGAUUAUUGAAAAAGGUACACCCGUUUGUGUUGCUGUCAAUGGUAUUAACAGAGAUAGCAGGUACUUCUCUGAUCCAACAACGUUCAAUCCUUUGAGAAAAAAAGAUGAUAAAAACAAAUUAUCAGGAUCUCUUGCUUUUGGUAUUGGACCAAGAUCAUGCAUUGGUCAAAGAUUAGGCAUUUUAAUAACGAAGAUAGCCGUUAUCCAAUUGAUCUUACAUUAUAAAAUGUUUAUCAAGCCAGAAAAAGGAAAUUUAUUAAAUCCCGUAACUAUUUUCACGAAUGCAGCUGAUGGAGUAUAUGUGCAGUUCCAAAAACGUAUUAAUAAUACAAAUUCAACGUGAUAAUAUCUCAUUGUAAAUCUGUAUUUUUCGUUUUCUUUGUUUUCUUUAAAUGUUUAUUUUUUCAAAUCGUCGACGUGAAGAAAAAUUACGGUAAAAUAUAUAUUCUACGAUU